UUGGCAAACGUCAUAUCUUUAUUUCCUUAAAUGAAUAGUUAUUAAAAUAUGAAAAUCUGUGUUUUAUUUCCACUGUGUCUUGUUACCUAUUUAACGGGGUCGGCGGCUGAUUCAGAUAAUGAAGUUAAAAGAGGAAUAUUUCCGUUCAUGGGAUUCAUUUACUAUCAAGACAUGUCAGUAGUGGAUGAGACAGGCAAGCGGUUCAGGCGCAGUGCUGUCCUGAUCCAGCCCAGCUGGCUGAUCUCCUCGUCACUAGACCGCGGUGAAGGUCAGGUCUUCCCACACAAGACACUCAUCGCCAGGUUGGGCUCCGUCAGCAUUGACUCCAAUUUCAACUUCAACGAAGACGAAGAAGAGCAAGAACGCGAGGUGAUACAAAUUGUGCAGCCGUACAAUUUCAACUCUACACAAUGGUCGUUUUAUGAUGUGACAUUGUUGAAAACACUGUUCCCUUUCAAUAUUACUUCUGUAAUAUCGCCUAUCACACCAAACUACAAGCCAGAAAUAAUGCAGAGAUCUUGCAAGAUUCUUGUUUACGCGAGGAGAUUUAACAACAUUUCAGAAGACAGCAUAUUGAUGCAACUGACUGUUGAGCUACUCAGUCCAUCGACUGACUGUGGUAUCAACUAUCAGCAAGAAACGAUGAUAUGCGGCGCUGAUGGGGAAGACAACAAGAAUUUCAACUAUGAAACUGAUUUUUGCCAAGGUAAUUCUGGUGGACCUCUGCUUUGUGAAGGCGAAGUAAUCGCUUUGCAGACAUACGUCAACGAAUAUUGUAGACAGCCUUACCUGUUCCAAUAUUUGCCAUCUUGGGAAAAGUUUGUUAACUGUGGCAUUGAAGAACGUUGUGACGAGGAAAUUUGCAAUACCACAUGUAGCACUAUCAACAAAGAUACUCCUGUAAACGAAAUUAACGCUGCGACAAGCGACAUGGCAACUAUUGUGAUGGUCGCUAAAUUAGAAACUGAAAGUACUACAUCAACUACGCCAUCUACUACCACUCAGAAUACCCGAGAAACUAAGAGAGUACUCAAGGAAAGUGAUGCAGUACCACCGACUUUGACUGCAGCAACGGCUGACCAAACAACUGUAAUUAUUUUAACUGAAAACGCCUUGGUAAACAGAUUAGAUGAAGAGAGAGCAACCACGUGGCCUAGUAAAAUUAAAGAGAACACAAAAGACUAUCAUCACAGAGGAGACUCCGAUACUAUGGAAAGAAAUACUAAUGUAGAAGCUCAACAACAAAUGGUUUUGACAAAAGUCAGUGACGUUGGCAGCAAUAUACAACUUUCUAGGUACUUAUUGUUUAGUUUUUUUAUGUUAAUUUUCUUUGUCUCUCAUUAA